AUGGGAAAGCGAAAGUAUUCGGACGAUGAUGACCCAGUCAAGGAUACCUCUGGAGCUAGCAAUGGCUUCGGAGUGGCACAGUUAUUGACGCAACUCCAGAACGCCGAUACAGAACCCAAGGACGGCGCUCCGGAAGAGUCGAGAGAGUCGCAAAACGGUGACGGCGGCGAAUCCGACAAACAGGUCAAGAAGCAGAAGCGGGUGGACGGUGAAAAGGUCAAAUACCCUGUUCUGACGUAUGUGGAGGGCAGGUUAUCGUCGUCGAUUCGCAUCGCGGAUCUACAGGGCCUGCUCCUCUAUUGUUUCGCGGAUGGUGUCGCGCCGCAGUGGAUAUCGAUCAAAUAUCCAGGGCAUGUCCGGAAGAUUGUCGUGUUGAUGGUUCCGGGGUUAGAAACUGGAAUGUUUGACGGGACAAUAUCAUUGGAUUCGCAUUCCCAGGAAGCCGGUCCUGAGGCAGACGACACGCAGGAGAACUCGGAGGACGUCAGAAAGGAGGAUUUCCAAAGGUGGAAACAAGGACUUCCUCCGGAAGACCGGUCGCAUCGCUUUAGCCCUCGUUCACUAUCGCGCGAGAACCUUGCGGAGCCAUUGCAGCCUCUGGCAGACAUGUUUCCGCAUGUCUGGCCUGUGAAGACGCCUGGUGACCCCAAGUACAACAAGGUCCACUCUCCACUUCAGGCGGUUCUUAUGUCUUCUCUCCCGAAGACUAAGGAGAGCGGGAAAGGCCCUAAACCAGCCAGAGCAGAUAAGUUUGUGCCGAAGCGGACUCCAAUCACCACUUUCAUCAGCUCCAAGAAUGAUCUACAAGAGAACGACUACGUCUUACACCCAUCUCUCCUACCUACGGACCAGGAAAAGCGCGCCAAUGAAGAGCUCAGGAAGCGCACUAGCACCUCGACCGAUGAUGGAUGGGUCGACACCCAUGUUCCGAGUCUGGAAGCUGCAAAGAUACCCGAUACCGAAAUCCAACAAGGCAGCAUGACGGCGGGUCACAACGUGCUUGCCAUGGACUGCGAAAUGUGCAUCACAGAAGGUGGCAAGUCGGAACUCGCCCGCGUCAGCUUAGUCCGCUGGGACGGCGAAGCCGUGCUGGAUGAGUUUGUAAAACCGGAACGGCCCAUAAUCGACUACCUCACCAGAUUCUCAGGCAUUACGAAGGAAAAACUGGACCCCGUUACGACAACCCUCGCUGAUAUCCAACAAAAACUCCUUUCCAUCCUCACCCCUCGCACCGUAUUGGUCGGACACUCGCUCGAUUCCGACAUGAACGCAUUAAAACUUACCCACCCAUUCAUUGUGGAUACCACCAUCAUUUACCCACACCCGCGCGGGCCGCCGCUUAAAUGCAGUCUUAGGUGGCUCACGCAGAAAUACCUGGGCAAGGAGAUCCAGAAGGGCCAAGCAGGUCAUGACUCGAUCGAAGACGCGAUUGCCGUGCUCGACCUUGUGAAGCUGAAAUGCGAAAAAGGCGAACGCUGGGGCACCAGUGACGCCUCGUCUGAGAGCAUCUUCCGCCGUCUCGCGCGCUCCCCGCGCUCCGGGAAACCAUCGGCUGACAGCGAACAGCAAGAAGGCCGUACAGGUGCAGUUGUUGAUUGGGGAAACCCGGGGCGCGGGUUCGGCGCACAUGCAAACGCCGCCAUUGGGUGCAGUGACGACGAUGGAAUUGUGAAGGGCAUUUCGUCCGUUGUAAAUGGCGACGAAAGCAACCCCUCCAUCCCGCAAGGUGGAGUCGACUUCACCUGGGCCCGUCUACGUGAACUCGAACUCCUCCGCGGAUGGUGCAAUCGCGCCCCGGACCCGAACAACGCAAACGAAUCGACAUCCCUAAACCCUUCUCCCGAAGAAACAACACCAAUCACUUCCACCGAUAACUCAGCAUCCGCUGAGCCCAAACUCUCCGACACCGUCUCCCAAACCGUCUCCAACAUCUCUCGCAUCUACGAAUCCCUGCCCCCAUGUACACUUCUCAUGGUCUACUCUGGCACCGGUGACCCGCGAGAGGUUAGCCGCUUACAAGCCAUGCACAGAACGUUCCGCCAGGAGUACAACUCGCGGAAACCGUGGGAUGAGUUGAGUGUUAAGUGGACGGAUACGGAGGAACAGGCUUUGAAGAAGGCCUGUGAUCGGGCAAGAGAGGGUUGUGGGUUUAUGUGUGUGAAAAUUGAUCGAUUAGAACCAAUCUAG